AUGAUAGAAAACAAAGCCCUAAACCUAGAAUCUCUAAAAACUAUUGUAAUUAUUGUGGUUACGAAAAAGAAAAAGGUCACAACUGUAAGAAUUAUCCUAACAACCCUAACCGAAAUAAAAGAAAUUGAAUUAGAUUAUUGCGAACAUUGUGGAUCUACCGACCACGUAAGGAAAGAAGAAUGCACCGAAAUUAAAUUAUUAAAAGAACAACAAGCUAGAAAGUGUAAGUGUGAUCAAAUCAAAGUUCAAGUAGCAAUUCAACAAGACUUCGAAACUUCUAAAAGAAAGCGAAUGUCAUAA